AUGUCGUCUAUAAAAGCAGGCACACCUGCUGCUCAAUCCCAGAUCCACUGGUUGAAUACACAAAUUCUCCGAGCAAGGGAUUCUCUGGAAGACACAAAAGGAAAUGUUGAGAAAGCGGUCGAGGUAGCGCUCAAGGCAGGAUACAGACAUAUCGAUGGCGCAUUUGCCUAUAAAAAUGAGACAGAAGUUGGCCUGGGCUUGAAGAACUCCGGAGUUCCUCGAGAGGAGGUUUUCUUGACUUCUAAACUAUGGAAUACCCACCACCGGCCCGAAUAUGUUGAGGCUGCCUGCGAUAGGACUCUGCGGGACCUUGGAGUUGAUUAUUUGGAUCUUUACUUAAUGCACUGGCCUGUGGCCUUUGUUCCGGGGGAAGCAGCAUUUCCAAAGGAUACCGAAACGGGUCAACUUCUCCUGGACAAUAAAGUUACCAUUAAAGAUACGUGGAGGGCAAUGGAAUCCCUAGUUAAGAAGGGCAAAGAAGAUCUAAAGAAAUACUUGUCCGAAAAGAACAUUCUGUUGGAAGCAUACAGUCCCCUAGGAAACAAUCUUCACAAUAUGCCUAGAGCAAUGGACGAUGAAAAGAUUCAAAAAAUUGCGGAGGCACAUGGAGUAAGCUCUGCUCGGGUCCUCAUCGCAUGGCAUGUCCAACGUGGCACUGUGGUCCUUCCCAAAAGUGUUACUCCUGAACGAAUUAUUGACAACUUCAAGGACUUUGAAUUAUCACAAUCCGCAAUGGAAGAAAUAAAUGCGCUUGACCGUAAUGCCCGAGCCAGCCAACCUCUCUUCUGGGGAGUAGAUAUAUUUGGUGAAAAGGGCGAAAAAUACGUCAAAGAGAUUGCAAAGAAGAGGGGGCUUGAGUAUAUUGCUAGCUUGAAGGAAUAA